AUUAAUUAAAUAUCGUGCGCAGCCAUCAUUUAUGUUUUAUAAAUUAUAACUUCAACAAAUCCAGUUACAACAUAAUGUGUGUUUAUAUUACGGUAAAUGUUGUGUUUAUAUAUUGACUUAUUUGUGCCGUUGAUUUUAAUAUUGGAAUACAUUGACCCAUCAUCAAACUUAAAGGUAAGGAGAAUAUUGUUUGUGUUAACAUGUUUUUAUGAGUUUUAUCGAUAUUUUAAUUUUUAAGCAAUGCAUUUGUAUGAAAUUGUAAAUGAAGUAUGUAGUUACUUAUUAUAAGUGUUGCAAAUAGAAUUUAUGAGUAAAAAUACAUUGUCUCGACGAAUAACCCCCAAAAAGUUUGUGGUCUUGUUAUGUCUAUGAUUGAUACUAUUGACAUCUAUUAUCUGUACACUUCAAAAUUGAACCUGUAUAAUUAUAACUGUUGUCUACCAAAUUGAAAUUAAAAAUGACUUCCAAACAAUGUGACCUACAAAAUUAUAAGAUACAAUAAGUAAAUUUGUUUCUGUUAUAUCAUUUAAAAUUCAGUGGGAAUAAGAAAAAAAUGACUAAAAACACAAUUAAGAUCCUUAUUUAAAAUAUUUUACAAUUGCGGUAAUGUGUUCGUAUGUGGCUAUGGGUGUUCUCUGAUAACAUUAAUUUAUUAUUUUGAUUGUUGAAUAUGUUUGAUAUAUUAUAGUACAAUGAAUAAGUAGAUUCUGUUAUAUUAUCGUUGAAUUGUUUCAACUGAAUUAGUAAAACUGAAGAAGUAUAUACCUACCUACUUAAUUGUCCUAAUAGUUGAAGAUAUAUAUAACGUUAAUUGUAUUUUACAGUACCUGUUCUACAAAAUAUUUGAUACAAUCCUUUGAACAACAUAAUAGUUUUUCCAUACUUCACCAUAAUACUUUGUAUGCAAGUUAUUAAACUAAUGAACGUGGUGAACCUUUUGUAUACAAACCAACUUUAAUAGAAUUGUGUAUUAUUUUAUAAUAUAUGAUUUCUAUUUUUUUAUAAUAGUUCUUUAAAUUACUUACUUAGGUAAUAUAAUUAAACUAAUAGGUAGACAAUUUGAGCUGUAUAUUAAUAAUUUAUAAUGCUUACCUCCAACCUAUAAAUUGCCUUCCACUCAUAUGAUAUUUAUUUAUUUUAUUAGGUAUAAAAUGUUAUACAUUUAUUGAAUUCAGGUACACUUUUUUUUUGUUUGGUAUCCUUUUUAAAAGAGUCAUUUUAUUAGUACUUUUANCAGGGACAACCAAGCAAAUAAAAAUAGUCAACUAACCAAAGUAUGUUUAUUUCUUUUUCUAAGACAUUUUAAUAAAAUUCAAUUAUUUUCAUUAGAGUUUUGAUUCCCCGAUUAAAACCAGAAGCACCAGAAAAAUUAAAGAAUUAGGUGAGCCGGACCGAUUUUAUUCCAUUAACAGGUAAGAUGUAAUUUUGUUUUUAUAAUUUAUAUAUUUCUUCUUUUUGUAAAUUUUUCUCUAGAAAUGGAUACUACUUUAUCUGUUAUUUAGUGUGUAUCUUUUCCUCUUAUCUUAUUUGUCGGACAUUUUUAGUGGAUCUCUCUGAAACAAAUGAGUUCAAUGUUGGGAGCUAAGGAAGCUGAAACGAAUAAAAACCAAGCAGCACUACGAGCCAAGGAAUCUGAACUUUGAGCCAAAGAAGCUGAAAUACGUGCAAAAGAAUUGAGACACUUAAAGCUAAAUAAGCUGAAAUACAAAUGGCCUAAGAAAUUGAAAUUCAAAGAGUAAAGAAAUCAGAGAUUCAGAAGGCUAUAGAGAUCUAAGUGAAGGAAACAGAAGCAGAGAUUUAUGGAAAAAAUAGAAGAGUUGCAGAGAAGAAGAGACAAGGAAAAUUAAAGAAGUUAAGGAUUAAAGAAGAGCCAUUGAAAACUGCAGUAAUACUCAAAUAAAAAAGAAAAGAAGAAAAUAGAACUUAAAUGAAAGAAUCCGAGUUAAAGGAACAAAAAGAUUUGGAAUUCAGAGAGGCUGAAAUGAUAAGAAAAUCUCAGGUGGUUAAAAUUAAAGCUAAAGAGAAAGAUAUGGGAAAGGAAAUUAAAGAAACUCAAGACAAAUUACCAAAAGAAAAUGCUUUUUGGGAUUUUGAUAAUAAAACUAAACAACUUGGACAGGUAUCUUUUGAAAAAGAAACUAAUAAUGUUAAUAAAAUGGAAAUUGAUAAACAAAAGCGGAAAAAGCAAAAAUCAAACAAUGCUAGAAAAGCAACUACAAAUAAGUAUGAUAAGCAAGUAAAUUUAGUUUCAAAAUCAAAAAAAAUAUGUAAAGAUAUAGAAGAUUGUAGUAAAAGCCCAAGUAAAAGUAUUAAAAAGAACAGCAUUCAACAUAAAGUUGGUUUUAAUUACAGAACUCGAUUUUCAUCAUUAAUUAAAAUUGGUAAAAAAGAGAAAAAUAAGUCUAAAUUUCCCCGGAAAUCUAAAUUUACGGAAAUUGGAUCUACUUUGAAAUCAACUAAAAAAAAACUUGAUCUCAAAAUGUAAGUAGAUAUAAGUUAUUAUCAUACGAUUUAAUUAAUAAUAUCACAUCUAUACAAUUGUAGUGCAAAGAAUGAAGAAAAGUUACAAAACAAAAUUCAUGUUGGUGAAAAACAAGCUGAUGGAAGGCGUCUCAAGAAACAAAGACAAAAACCUAGAACUGAUAUAGAAAAUGAAAUACUUCAACAGUUUAAAAAGUAUGACAAAAAUUAUUCUUGACCUUUUAUAUAACUGCUUUUUAAGAUGUAUGAGUUUGAUGACAAAAAUGUGAUAAAGUUAAUCUGAAUCCUAUGUCAGAUCAUGGGUUCUUCAAUGAGAAAAUUAUAUAUAAUUGAAAUACCAACUAUAGAUAACACAAUUCUUAUGUUUAUCAUAAAGAUAAUUAUGAGUUGAAAAGAUUAGCAAAUAGUUGUUUAAUUAGUGUGUAUUAUGUGAAUUAUUUAUUAAUCUGUUCAACUCAUUAUCUUUAAAACAAACUUAUUAAUUGUGUUAUCUGUAUUUGUUAUAACAAUGAUAUACAAUGUUCUUGUCCAUGAUCUAAUGAUUUUACUGGUGUAUAGUUUUAACACAGAACUGAUCUGAAUUUUGAUUCAGAUUAACCAUAUCACAUUUUGUCAUCAAUAUUACCAUAUUGCCAUUGGUCUUCUUUUAACCGGUAUAUUCAAAAAUCGUAUUGAUCUUAAUGGCUUUUAAAUUAAUAACUACCUUUUUAAUGACUCCUGUGUUACAAUACUCUAUUAGUAGAACUUUUACAGAAAGAGAUAUAUGAUAACAUAAUUCAUUGUAAUCUAACCUCAACAUCUCCUCAAUAGUGAAAGUUAAAAAUGAUUACAUAGGUACAAAUAAAUAACGUAAACAAUAAAGUUUAAUCUGGCAUUUCGCCAUAUUAGUUUCAUAAAAUUCCCUUUUGUGGUUCAGCUGUUGGAGGUCCAUCAAUUUCCUAUUUGCCAUUUAUACUUAACUCUGCCUUUUGGUCAUCUUCUGUAUUCUUUACAACAAUAAGGUUUUUUCUAUUUCUCCUAAUUGUGCUACCUUUCUCGUUUUCAAUUAGGUGUAUCUGCUAUUUCUUUGAUGAUAGCCCUCUUCUUUGAAUCCAUUACCCAUACAGUUGUUCCAAUGUCCAGUUCUUGCAACUCCUUAACUCCAUGAUGUCUGUUAUAAUUUUUCUCCAUUGUGGACUUCUUUAUUUUUUUUGUUUAACUACUUGGUUCCUAUUUGGUUUGGAUGGUUCCAGAUUCUCUGAAAUCUUAGGUACCAUACUUUUAAGUUGUCUUCUUUAAACUGGGGUGUAGACAGGUAAUUUAAUAGUACUGAGUAUUGGUCCUUUGGCUUCUUUAAUGCCAUUUUUACUGUUGGCGCUACGAAUCCAUUAAUUGUUGAUGUUUGUGACAUGAUGUUGAUAAAUAUGCAGAUAAAUCACUUGAUACAUCUUCAACUAUUUGAUGUCAAUAACUGUCCCCAAACCUAAACAUUUGAUUUUUUUAACAAGCUAUAUAUAAUAGAUUUAGAAUAUUUGCAAGGUUAAGAAUAAUCUUUCCAAUGAAGUUAAUCAUACCUAGUAACCUUAGAACAGUUAUAUCUUUAGUUAUUUCCAUUUUGUUAAUGACAUCUACUUUACUAGGGUCUGGUAAAAUUGUGUUUUAUUGCAACAUAUGUCCCAAAUAUGUGAUUUCUGUAGUACGAAUAAUAAAUUAAAAUUAAGUGAACAACAACAAUUUAGUUAACAUUUCCUUUGAUCAAAUUUUUAGAAGAAUAUAUUUUUCCCCUUUAUAAAAUAAAACCAGUUUGUUAAUUAUUAUUUGUUCAAAUUUUCAGCAUUUCACAGGAUACUGUUUUGAGCAAAACUGUUUUGGAAAUAAUCCUGAAUAAAUUGAGUGACAAGUAUUUGAAAAGAAUUGAAAUGCCUGGUAAAAAUUUGUUUGAAGAGUCUUCGCCAUUAGACAAAAAGUAAUAUAUUUUAAAAAUACCUAAACAAAAUAAAAAAUAUUAAAUUUUCAAAUGAUAAUAUCUGAUAAAUAUAAUAUGGUUAUUAUAAUGAAUAGUAAAUCUGUGGUAGAUUGCAUGAAAACCAUUCAUAGUUCAGUAUGUUCAGUAUGUUAAUUUUUCAACCUAUUUAACUAAAAAAUGUAUUUUCAAAAACAUACUCUAAAAUUUGAAAAAUAAUUCCAUUCAAUCAUUACUUUUUCUUUCUCUUGAAACUUUUAUUAUUUUUUAAAUUUUGAGUGUAAUUUAUGUUAAAAUAUUUAAUUUGUCAUUCUUUCUAACUCUUAAAAAUAAUAAUUUUAAUGUAUAUUAUGAUAUUUUUAAAAAAUCUUUGUGUAGUUAAUUUAUUCCUGGGAGUCAACGAAUAAAUUAACUACAAUUUUGUAUAAUUGAAAUAUUGAAAUAUUUUUAUUUUAUGAUAAAAUAAAUCAAUAUUUUUUAACUCCAAAGCAAACUAAAGGUUUUUAUAAUUUUGUUCAUUGUUUGAAAAAUAGGGAAUAUUAACCUAAUUCAACCAACAUUCCUAACUUUAUAUGUUAUACCUAUUAAAAUAUAGUCUGACUGUUUGUGUGUGUGUGUGUGUGUGUGUGUGUGUCCAUGUUAUACCGUAACAUUAUAAUCAACUUAAAUUUUUGGAAAACUAUCAUAGAUUAUUUUGAAACUGUUCCCAAAUAAUUUUUGACUGAAAAAUAAAUCAACCAAUUCUGUAUAGCAUAAAAUAUUUUAAAUAAUAACCUAAUAUGGUAAUAAAAUUUAUAUGAAAGUUUGAUUUGUUUAUAUUAUUAAUAAAAGUAUUUAUUUAUUAUUUGACAAUUUUAUUUAUUUAAAAGCUUUAAAAUAAGUAUUUUUUUCAGUUCAUCGAGUUUUAAUUGACUUAUUUCAUUACACAAUCAAAAACACCGACCAAGAAUAUUUUUAGUUUGUGCUCAAGGAUUGAAAUUAUAUUCCAUUAAAGUAUAAUGAAAUAUAUAAUUUUUUUGAAAAAAAAUAGAAUGACACAUCUUAAUGCUGGUCAAACAAUAAUUCUUUAAAACAAAUUACACAUUUAGAAUAUCUUUAUUGUCUAUUUCAAUGGAAAUUAAAUGAAAAUCUAAUACCCUAUAACCAUAUUUUCUAAACUUUUGUUUAUUUUCUUCUCUUUUGGUGUCUUAUUUUGAAAAUUUAGAUGUAAUAUUGGGAAAUAUUUCCAUUUUAUAGAAGAGUAAAUAUUAAAUACAAGUUAAUAAUGAACAUAUGAAUGAUAAUUGCCAAUUUAUGUAUGAUGGCUACUAUUGCUAUUGACCUACAAAAUAUAUACAUAUAUGUAUAUUUAUACGUAUAUAUUUGUAUGUAUAUAUAUAUAUUUAUAUUAACAAAAUUAAAUCAACACAAAUAAAAAUGAUCUAAAAAUAUCAAUAUUUAUCCUCCCAAAUUAUAACUCAAUAUUACCAAAUUUGUGUUACAUGGUUUUCUUGUGACAUAAUUCUAGAAGUAUAUUUAUAAUUAAUUGUUCUUUUUUUUUUUUCUUUAGUCCAGUUACUUUAACAGAUAUAAGGAAUCAAAUAAAUACAGGACAAAUAAAAACUUUUGAAGAACUUCACUUAAAAGUUCUUUUAAUGACACAAAAAGCUGGUGUUAUUAAUAGCAUUAACAGUAAAGAAGAGAAAAUAAUAACAGAUUUUAAGGAACCAAAAUAUGAUUGUUUUGAUUAUUCUUUAGUAUGUGAUGUAUUAAAAUAUUUUUGUUGUAGAUUUUAAUUUAAUUUUUUUUUUUUUUUGGCNGGACAAAUAAAAACUUUUGAAGAACUUCACUUAAAAGUUCUUUUAAUGACAUUGAAAGCUUGUGUUAUUAAUAGCAUUAACAGUAAAGAACAGAAAAUAAUAAAAGAUUUUAAGGAACCAAAAUAUGAUUGUUUUGAUUAUUCUUUAGUAUGUGAUGUAUUAAAGUAUUUUUGUUGUAGAUUUUAAUUUAAUUUUUUUUUUUUGGCAUUUAGAAAGUAGAGACUGCAGAUGCUGCAAAUAAAGAGGAUAAAAAGAACUUAAUGAAUACUGUCGAUAUUUCAAUGCUAAACAUUCACUUUGUUAACAAAUCAAUAAGUACAAUAUACGUGCAGGGAUUGCGCGCUUUUGGAUGAAAAUGAUGACAUCUCUAGAAAUUAUUACAAUCAAUUCCAAAUCAUGAAUUUAUAAAAAUUUAUCUGAUGAUCAUUAAAAACGUAUUGAUGAAUUUAAUUAUUUUUCUUAUACAACAUUGGCACCAAAAGAAAAAUUAGAGGAAGAAAAUUAAUUAACAUUUUUUUGCUGUUUCAAUGUAUUAAAUUAUAAUAAUAACAGUAUAUUUGUAUGGUGUACAUAUUUGUUCUAAUUGUAUAAUUUUCUAGGUGUUUAAUUAUCUUAAUUGCCCUUCAUAAUUUUUAUGAAAGUAUUUUUUAAAAAUUCUUAACUUAAUUGUAUUUAGUUCAUUCUUGAACCACCAGAGAUGACCUAAAAGAGCGGGUGGUCUACUAAAAAAUGUAAUGUAUAUUUUCUCAACAAUUUUGAAUAUAGGGUUUCCCCAUAUCACAUAGAUACUAAUCUAUACUUUUGUUUCUUUGGUUAUAAUUUCACUUCACCUAUUUGUAAUGAAAUUUCUCUGAUUUUUUAAAUGUUAAAAACAUUUUUAAAUAAAUUUUCAGUAAAUAAUUUGAGUUUUUUUUUUAAUUGUAAAUUGAGGGUUAUGCAAAAAAUUCUAUGAUAACAAUGGCCAAUACAUUUGUUAAAUAUUUUAAAUAAUUUGUGACACUUUUAGUGUUGAUUUUAUGUGAUUGAAAUGUCAAAAUAUUUUGUUGGAACCCUAUUUCAUGGGGAAAUAAAUUAUAAUUGUCAGAAAAUAAUUCUUACACAUAAAACAUUACACAUUUUGGGUGUUUUUGCUACCGUAGGUUGUCAUUAAUUAUAAAUUAUUCUUCUACAAGUAACUUACCAAUAUAAUAUUUUUUUGAUAAAAUACAGGUGGGACGAAAUAUAGUUCCUUAUAGUUCUUCUAGUAUUUAUUUGCUAUUUAUAAUUUAAGUGUACACAUAAUUAUUUUAAAAUUAAAUUAUAAUGUUUUUUUUAAACAUAAAACAUUUGAUUAAUUUAGAUUUAAGCCUC